AUGACACUCCUCUCGGAUAUUGUAUCCGCAUCGGCAAAUUUACAUCACUCUAACCACCUACCCAGCGACGAGUAUGACCGUCGGAUCCGCGACCUAGUUGAAUAUUUGAGACGGCUACAAACAACCAAGGCACUCGACUCAUUUGCUAAUGAUGAGCCUUUUCUCGAUCCACUACUAGGCGCUACGCUGGUUAAGGACGCUAUGCUUCGUCUUGACCCAUCCUGUGCCGUUUUCACCUCGAGUCACCUUUUGCUUGUCCGACUUUGUCUCCAGGCCAAAGCAUAUUCUUGUGCAUUACCGGUCUUGAAUAAGCAGAUCUGUCAUUUCCCAAUUUCGCUGGGGCGCCCCUCUUCAGACCCCUCGGUGCUCUGCGCGGAUCACGGCUCAGGUGUAUCCUUUAUGACCGAAGCUUCUGGGGUUUCAUCCAAGCUAUCAUACCGAGACUACUUGCAGUACUUUCUUUAUGGUGGUAUGGUGUACAUGGCCUUGAAGGAGUGGCGCAAUGCACUUCAUUUCCUUGGGAUUGUCAUCUCUACUCCGGGCACUAGCUCCGUGAGCUUGAUUAUGGUGGAAGCCUACAAAAAAUGGGUGCUGGUAGGCUUACUCGAAAAGGGCAAGCUCUGUCCGCCUCCAAGCAUCACAACACCCCAUGUGGUGAAAGUGUAUCAAUCACUUGCGAGGCCCUAUAUCAUUCUUGCUCAUGCAUUUGAACGUGGUGAUUUGAAGAGACUUAAUGCUGAAAUUGAUGCUGCCAAAGGGGUCUGGUGCGCGGACAAUAAUUUCGGUCUCGUUUCCCAGGUAGUGGGCGCUUUCUUCAGUCAAACCGUUAUCAAGCUUGGGAAGACCUUUGCAGCUUUAACGAUGGCCGACCUUUCAAAGCAGGUGUUUCCCUCCCCUGUGUGUGCAGAAGUCACUGGAUCCGCUGUUUCAUCCAUCAUCAUGUCUAGUGCUUUGAACGCGACAUUGGUGGAAACCAAAGAUCAUGCUGAGGCUUCUAUGCUACGUUUCUCAUCCAUUCAUUCGUUGCCUCAACUCUCUCGUGAGUUGGACUUACAGUCCCAACUCAAGCAGGAGAUGAAGCUGAUGGAGACGCUGGUGAUUAAUCUUGGGGAAACCAAUAAUAACCUGGGACUAAGUGAUGAUUACGUUGAUAGCCUACAUAAGGGUCAGGUUUGGUCAAGUUCUAGUGAAGUCAAUCCUAUUGUAGGGGGGAUGCUGGACUUGAGAUGGAUGAAGAUCUGA